GGUCAAAAAUACGACUAAGUUAACCGAAGAACAAAAUUAAAAGGACACUUUUUUUUAAACUGAUUAAAUAUACUUCCUAUUCUUCACUGAUGUAGGAUGUAGGUCCUAAAAAGAGUGCUAACGAUCUUAAUCUUAUUGUCUCUUAUUUAUAAAAACACAUAAAUAUUAAAUAAAUGUACAAUCUAGUGGUAUAUUUAAUUCUGUUCUUUUUAUUUCUAAGUUUUCAAAGCUUUAAAGUACGCAAUGGUCUUUCAUUCGCGGUAUUAUAUUUAAGGUUAAUGGCCUGUGUAAAACAUGAUGUGAUAGUGUUAUCUACGACUAAUAGGGUCACUGACAUCUGAAAUUUGAAUACGGUAAGACAGAAAAUGCAAGCGAUGAUCCCACGUAUCAUUCAUAUUAAAGUAAAGCAUAUCAAAGCAAACCCCAAAUAAAUUUAGGUUAGGGCAGACAAAAAGAGGAUUAUAACAUUAAAUAUGAUAUCUUCUUAAAGCUAAAACUUUUUCGUUAAAAAUAUGCUGGCCUGCAAGAUUUCUGGACAUAAGUCACAAACACAAACAGUAUCAAACGUCAGUUUUGGAAAUAACCUAUACAGAUUAAUUAUAAUUUAUUUUCAUAAAUAUUCAAACAUAUAGCAAACAUGCACACAAUUGGCUUGCCGCGAACGUGUUUGGGAUUUACGAAUAUACUGUUCUUUAUGUUCGGCUUUGUCGGAUUAAUAAUAUGCGUUUGGUGCGCCCUCAACACUGAAUUCUUCCGUGAUGUGAACUACACUAUAACGAAAAGUUCUCUAGUCGACGUAGUUGCUAAAUUCGUGAAUCUAAACUUGUGGCUCACGCCUUUAACGACGAUACUGAUACCGAUUGCUUUGCUUUCAAUGAUGACGUCAUGUUGUGGAGUGUUGGGAGCCGGGUGCAAAGUAAAAUGCGCGGUAAAAACCUACAUAUUCCUCGUCUCCAUGCUCUCUCUCAUCGCCUUCUGGAUAUUCUUCAUAUCAGGCGUGUACAACAUCUACACGAAGAACGAGAGUACGAAGCGAUCCUUACAGAUAUCCAUAAGGCAGUACUAUGGGAAAGAAAACGAUUUCAUCACUUACAUUUGGGACUACAUAAUGGUCAAACACGAAUGCUGUGGUGCGGUGAAUUAUAAAGACUUUGCUAAAAGCCCGUGGCUCAAAACAAAUCCGAACAAAAUAUAUCCUGUCCAGUGUUGUAAAUUGGCUAACGUGAGUGCCCUCAUCCCGGUCUCAAAAGACUGCGGAACGAAUCUAGACCCAGAGAUUCUGUCAAAUAAAGAUGUCGGAUGUUUCGGUGCUCUACGAAUAGCGAUCGUCAACAAUAAAGGGAAAAUUAUAUUCUACAUUAUAUUGAUAGCAUUUUUGUAUUCAACGUUGACGCUUUUCGCUUACUGCAUUAUUAGAGGAGAGCCGUUGCUAGGGGCAAUGGCGGGCAGAUUCACAGAACUGUUGCCUUCCAAAGCUCGCGACGAUGGGAACAAGGUUAUACCGUCAAAUGUGUCUUUGGGGAACAUGGUGUAUGUGGAGGAACAGCCCAAGAAAGUGGUCAAAGUGGUGUCGUCUGCGAACCCAUUCCAAUCUUACAAGUACACUCCAAGCGCGUAUAACAACAGCGAGGAUUAUCGCCAUACUAUGAGAAAAUAAAUAUAGUCAUUAAAUUAUUUUUAUAGUUAUAUUUAA